AUGCUUGUACUCCCUGCCCUGGUGCUAGUUCUGUCUCUCUGCAAGGUUCAUGCAGCACAAUGCGAGCCUGUUCUGCCACCAGCAGAGCUAUAUUCUCCCCUGGUCGCUCAGAAAAUUUUGAGAACAGCUCUCACGGAGCAUGAGCCUGCCAUAUACCCUCAGUAUACCGACCGCACCGCAGGGGACUGGAUUUACUUCGUGCCCGACCUCUGGACGUCCGGCUUCUUCCCUGCUACACUGUAUGCUAUGAACACUCGUGCUAAGCUCUGCCACUCGAAAGCCGGAAAUACAUCACAAUGGCUUGAACUCGGGCGACAGUGGAGUACGGCAGAGGUUCCGCUCGAACACAACAACACCGUUGGUCACGACGUCGGGUUCCUGAGCUACCCGUUUGUGGAGGAGCUUGCCGUAAAUCCGGAGAACGAGACUGCUAUAAAUGCUGUAAACACAUUCGCUACGGAUUUGGCACUGCGCUUCAGCCCCAUCGUAGGCUGCACGAGAAGCUGGGAUACGGCGGAUCCGACCGACUUCGAAGUGAUCAUCGACAACAUGAUGAAUCUUGAAGUAUUGUUCGUAUCUGCAUCACUGACAGGAAACAACACGUUGCGCGAAAUUGCCAUCUCGCAUGCCACGAAGACAAUGGAGAAUCACAUCCGGCCUGACGGCUCGUCGUUCCACGUUGUAGAGUAUAAUGCCACGACUGGAGCUGUCGUGGCACGUUUCACAGCACAGGGAUACGCGAACAACAGCACGUGGAGUAGGGGACAAGCUUGGGGUAUAUAUGGCUUUGCGAAUAUGUACAUGCACACUCGGGAGACGGACUUCUUGAACACCUCGCGUCGCAUGGCUUCGUACUUCCUGACCCACCUCGCAGCUGAUGGCAUCGUACCGUGGGACUUCAAUGCGCCGCUGAAUCCUCCCCGACCUGCAGACUCCUCGGCAGCGAUGAUUGCAGUGAACGGUCUUCUCUUAUUGUCUCAACAAGAGCUGUUGUUGAACCCACCCAACGUAACGGGCUCCGCGUACUACGUCCACGCGGCACUACAGGUCUUGCGGGACAAUACAGAAUUGGCGUGGCGCCCUGCAUGGCAGAGCCUGCUGGCGAAUGGCACCGUCAAUAAUCCGGCAGGAGAAAACCUCACGGGCAUUGUGUACGGUGACUAUUUCUUCGUAACGGCUGGAAACACACUGCUUUCCAUGGACCUUGCGACUUGCUAG